AGUUAUCGGAAAAUAAUUUAGAAACAGUAAUCUGUCGUUGUUGUUGUUGUUGUUCUUACUGUGAGAAGUAUAUGUAUAUAUAUACACACAGAAAUGAAGUUCAUUUUAGCAGCACUUUUACUUUUACUUGCAUCAAUAAGUCGAUUAGUUGUUAUUCAUAAUGGGAAAAUUGGUCAAAAAGAAGUUGUUGUUUCAAUACCUAUUCAUGAAUGUUAUCAUCAUGUUACAAAUCUGCAUACAUAUCCUCGUUGGAUACCUUCCGUUUUGUCCAUAGAAAAUUUGACGAAAUCAUUCCAUCUUGCUAUUGGUGAAGAAUUUGUUAUAGUGGUUGAUUAUGGAUUUUUAGGUACUAUGUCAUAUGUUGCGCAAAUAUUAUCUGUUGAGCCAAAUACUAGCUUCAGCUUUAUCCUAGACGACUGGUUAGAGACAAGAUUUGAUUUCGCAUUCACCUCUAUUGACCAAGAAAAAUCCAGGAUGAAAUUAACCAUCAGCUCAAAUAAAAAUAAUAUGUUUUAUAAACAUAUCAUCUUACCAAUUGCUCAUUUAUACUAUACAAAUUGGUUAACACAAUGUUUAUUACGUUUUCAAUUAGCAUAUUCUUAAUGAAUAAUUUGAACACAAAUUUAUAUACAAAAAAAAGUAAAAAAUAAAGAAAAACAAAGAGAAAAACAAAAACAAGAAAAGAAAUUUAAUGAAUCCCAUAGUGUAAUAAAAAAAAUAUUGAUUUUUAUGGGAUUCAAUUAUGGGAUAAUCGAUUAAGUGCCUAUAUAUUAUCAUUGUACUGCAUAAUAUUUCGAAUUGUUUGUUCUUUUUUAUAUUCGAAUACUGAAUAAAUUGUGUGUGUGUGCUUUUUAUUGAAAAAAAC